UGCUCCCAAGAAAGAACACAGUUAUCAAAGAUGGCGAAACAUUGAUAACAAUAAGCCAUAUGUUCUUUACAAGUAUGACUAUUUCGUGAAUAAGCUGCUGCUGCAAAAAAAAAACCCGUUUAGAAUCUAAAUAGAUUAAGUAUUUGUGACCGGUUUAAAAAAAAACAAGGGCUUAAAAUGUCUGAGACGAGUGUUUUGCAUCAACGGAUAAGCUCCGUCAUGGACAUUCUAGCCUCCGCUGCCGUGACAGAGAUUUGCAAAUUAGUAGAGGAUUGUUGUGGAGCGUUAAGUGUAGAAGUCUCUCAAAGCAAAGAGCAAAUCAAAAUGCUAGAGAAGCAACUCAGCCUGACCGAGUCGAGGUACAUGUCGGUGAGUGGCAAAGGACAGACGCUUGUUACCAGUGGUUCAUCGAGAACCAACAGUCCUUCCGGCAAUUCCCCCGCGGCUGAUGAUGAAGAUUUCCAGCAAUUCAUUGUCUCUGAAGUGGAGUUUCCCCCUGAGCAGCAGCAUUAUAAGCAGGAUUGGAGCCCCAGUCUGGGGCAAUAUAAUUGGAACCCCAUACAGAUUAAAGAGGAAGACGAGGAAUUCAGCAUCAUUCAGGAGGAGGAAGACUCUGUAUUCACUCCUGCCUGGGUGAAAAGUGACUAUGAUCAGUACCCAACUCAGUCCUCCCAAACCCAAAGUGAAGAAUACAAAGACACAAUGGCCUCUACUGAAGAGAUCAAAACAGAAUCGAAGGAAGACUAUUCCUCAGAGCCAACCAGUGACUCUCAUCCUCAGUGCAAAUUGAAGAAGACAUGGACAGAAAAAGGACAAAGCUCGAAUGGUAGAAAAUCCAUGGAUCUGAAAUCUCCAGUGCAAAGAAGUCGCACAGAAGAUAAAUCAUUUUGCUGUAGUGAUUGUGGUGAAUGUUUUACUCAGGUCGGAACACUGGAUUCUCAUAUGAGGACCCACACACGGGAGAAGUUGUAUCACUGUCAAGAUUGUGACAAAGUAUUCACUCGGCUUGACCGCUUCAAAUUGCAUAGGAAGGCCCACACAGGAGAGAAACCGCAUCGCUGUGGUGAAUGUGGCAAAUGUUUUUCUCAAGUUGGAUAUCUGAACUAUCACAUAAAGACUCACACAGGGGAGAAACCGCAUCGCUGUCAUGAUUGUGGCAAAUGUUUUUUUCGAGUUGGUGAGCUGACACUUCAUAGGAGGAUUCACACAGGCGAGAAACCACAUCGCUGCCUGGUCUGUGGCAAAUGUUUUGCUCGUCCUAGUAAUUUGAGUAGUCACAUUAGGAUUCACACAGGGGAGAAAUCGUAUAGCUGUCAUUGUGGCAAAUAUUUUCGUCAUAAAGGUAAUCUGACAACGCAUAUGAGGAUUCACACGAGGGAAAUCACAUCAUUGUCGCUAUAGUAGCAGAUCUUUCAGAACUGGCGUUAGUCACAUGAGUUCAUAUGAGGAUAAUCACAUGAGCGAUAAACUAUAUUGCUGUCAGGAUUGUUGUAAAUAUUUCACUAAUUGUUUGAAUUGGCUGGGACGUCGGAAAGGAGAGACCACAUUACUGCCACGACUAGAAAAUAUUUCACGACUGCCUUUUUUUGACAUUGUGUAUGAGACAUUCACACGGGAGGAAUCUUACAAGUGUCUGUCAAAUGCUUAAGUGCCGGAAGUGCAUUGAAUUGUCUUCAGAAUACACACUGAGAAGAGACAAUAUAGGCUAAGUGAUGAUUGCUUCAAAACAAAGGCUUUAGCAGACACAGGGAGAGAAUGCACGGGAACAUGACUGUGCCCUGUGUAGGGAAGGGCAUCAGACAGACAAGUUAAAUCAAAUCAAAUCAAAUUUUAUUUGUCACAUACACAUGGUUAGCAGAUGUUAAUGCGAGUGUAGCGAAAUGCUAUUGUUACUAUUGUUCAUAGUUUUUAACUUGAUUAUAUUAGUCUCGUUUUAUAACUUUCCAUGUGAACCCUGCCAGGCAAUCACUGCACAAUAUCUGUCAAAUAAUUGGUCCAACGAUAGUGAUACAAUUAUCUUGAUCUGAUGAAAUCCACGUUGACGCAAGCUGUAACCGAGUCUAGCUCAAACGGUCACUUAAACUGGUCCUAUUGAAUCCAGUAGAGACCAUUAGAUUCCAGUUCAGCCCACUAGACACCAGUAGCCAUUCUCUACCUGAACAAACCUAGAGAAUUGAUACAUUGUUUAUGUACGCAUGUAUAAUACCUACUUCGUGUGUAGUUAUUGUGUGUUUUUAGCCCCCUAUUGAGUACUGUCUUCCUUGUAAAUCAUGAUAAAACAUUAUGGAAAAGUUAUGUAAUGAUUUAUUGAAAAGAGUGGGAGCCCUGUUAAAAAAAAAAAUCAGAAUUACUUCAAGGUCUAUGUGUUUUAUAACUAGUAUAAGAUAUGUUGAUAAUACAAUCAUUCUAGCCUUUAUUAUUAAUUUGACAGUUUCACGUGACAUGACUAACUUUGAAAUAUUUACACUGGACCCGAAAGUGCUUCAUUACUCCUGUUGGCUUCACGGGUGACAGAACAUAACACAAGCUAGCCAUUGGCAUUAUCUGAAAAAUAUCUAAAUUGGAGUUGUUGAGAGUGAUUUUUAACCAGGUGCUGUGGAUGAGAUAUUCAAAGCAUUUGCAAAAACGAUAUCAGAGUAACAGUUACCAGGACAACGUUUAUCUAUCGAAAGAGGACAACGGACGUCUACAGGGGCUGCUUGAAGUCAUCCUGAAAUCUGAGAUAAAGGUUUAUAGUGCAGGUUUGUAACUUUGUUUUCUGUUAUUCAACAUUCAUUUUUAGGAACAUUGACAAUGUUGACGGUUUAAUUCAGUUAGCAGGAAGAUAGGCUACAUCUAGCAAGCUCACGCUGUGUCACUAGCAGCUCGGCCUCUGCAUCAUUUAUAGCUUGAACAACCGCUAGUGAUCGCUGCAAGGUUAUUCUAGUUUUGUUAUUUAAUAUUCAUUUUUUAUUUUGAUUAGAAAUAGUUUUUAGACUUGAUUUGCUAGUUUUUAUUUUGUUUGUUUUGAUAGAAAUGUUUAUUUCGUUUUUAUAUUUAGUAGCCUAUGUGUGGGAGGCCAGGAGAAAUUUGUUGUUUUAGGAUGUCACUUCUGGGCGCUGUAAUAUAUAAGUUGAUGGGCCUGGACCAUAGACAUAACAUCUCUGUGUCACGAUGGCAUCUGUGAGAGAAUGGGCAGUGCCGUUGAGGCCAUCUCAUCUAAAAAGUCACUUUUCUUCUUCAUGAGUAAAAUUCAUAGGGUGAUUAUUCCUAAUGACCUGGCAUCAGGACUCCAACUGGGUCAUCAGGAAGGAACAGACAAUGAAUUGGGACGUUAAUGAAAUCAAAAUGGUGAAAGUCCUCAAAAACACUGCCCAGGCUUUUAGCCAGUAGAGACGACUCCAUGCAACUUGACGGCUGGGACAUAGGUUUGGUUUCAAUUAUAAAACAAUCCGAAUGUGACUUGGAUUUAAAGGAUAAGCCCCUGGUGAAAUAACUCUUUCCAAAGUUUACACCAAUCCAAUGCCUUUUUAACUUUAGUAAUAGUUUGUUAGAAUAAUUACGUUCCUUAACCUGACAGAGAGGAAAAAACAAAUGAAGGUUAUGGCACAUUUGACAUGCUAUGUUUAUGUAAUAUUAAACAUGUUCAGUGCAUUCGGAAAGUA